UACAUACCUACCUAAUCAACGGCCGCAAUAUUUCAAUAUCUGUAUAAUUCAUAACCCUCAUUAAUAUCUCUUUACAAUUAUAGGAUACGCACAGGUAGAAACAUAUGGUGAAGUAUUGAUCUAUCGUAAUCACGAAGAAUAGAGGAAUGAGUUCCAACAGGCGGCAGAAUCGGCCUUUUGGCAGUAAUAUGCUCUUGAAGCAUCUUAUGAAACGCCGUAUAGCAGGAUCUCGAUCAGGUGAAGACCCGUCUUUUAUACGCGCCCGAAGGUCGUUGAGAAAGCUCCAGCAAAACUUCGAAGAAAACUAUCCAGGGCGUGCCAAAUUUCAGAGGGUACUUGGCCAUGGCGGUUAUGGCCUUGCCACGAUGUGGAAAGUGAAGACCCGCAGCGGCCGCGAAGUUGACGUUGCUGUCAAGACGAGUAUUAGAAAAGGUGAUGAAGAGAGAGAGUUAAGAACCGAGAUCUUUAUUCAGGGGGAGCUACUCCUAGGUGCGGAACAUAUCGUCCAACUUAUCGAUAUCGAGGAAGACAUUCCGGAUACCGCCAAGCUCUACAACAAUCGAGCUGCAACAGUACCGGUCAUGGUUAUGGAAGUUCUCGAGAAAAAUACACUCGCAGAUCUUAUAGAUAGGAUUAAUAGGGCAAGAAUUGCGAAUUACCACAUACUUGAUGAUGAUGAAGCCGAAAGUCCUUGGGCAGAAGGACGUUACGAUAGGAGUGCCUUCCAAAUUGGUUAUAUUCCUAAUCGAAUACUAUGGAGACUUUUCUUGUGUUUGGCCAGAGGUGUUACCGGAAUGGCGUACGGGCCUCCAACCGAAUCAACUUAUGUAGAAGGGCAGCCAUAUCGUGAAAAUCAAGCAGUCCUUGUCGGAGAUAUUAGCCACAGCCUAAUGGACCCCGAACAUGUCAUGGCCCCAAAAAUAAAGAUAGCCGACUUCGGGAUUUCUAUAGAAUGGUUUGACGGGAUGACGGUUCGCGAGAGGGAAAGCCUAGUACAGAGAGGAAAGCGCGAUUUUUACGCGCCAGAACAAAAAGACUUUCGAAAUGCCGCGCGGGAUCCUCGUGCUAUAGGACCUGCGAUCAAUAUAUGGGCUAUAGGAUUAAUCAUGUUGAACCUCUUAACGUUGGCACACCCGCGCCUUUCGUCUUGGGAGCCCAGGGUGAGAACAUAUAGCGCACCGCACCAAGGAAACCACAAUUAUCGACAAAAAUUCAUAACCUGGGGCUGGUUCCUCCUUGAUGACGAGGAGCAUCAUCCUAGCCCGUUUAUCAUGUCAUUCGACUAUGAGCUUCGCCUACUAAUAGCACGUUGCUUGGAGACUUAUGGCCCAAGACGUCCAACGCCAGGCCAGCUGAUAGCAGUGAUCCUGGAAAACAUCGCGAAAACAGACGCUAAAUCUCAGAGACUUUCAGACGAAAGAAUUGCCCGGGAAGAGCAGGAUUACAGGCAGCGCCUGAUAAACGAGGAGCAGAGGGAAUCUGAAGCCAUGCGAUAUUCUGAUUUCUACGAUCCUGAUUUUGAUGACUCGCGGGACUUUGGACACUCAACUCGUCCACGAAAUAUUCCUCCUGACGAUCCGAUGAACAUGGAUCCGAGUGAGUUGAAUCAGUGGCUGGAACAGUUAGACCUUAAUGCUCCGGUACGCCGCAAUAGGCUCGGGCCGCCAAUUUUCUUCGGUUCUCAGAGUUCUCAGAGGACUGUCGUCCCGAAGGAACCACCCCUAAUACCCAUUUCGGACGAUAUGCAUAUCAGCGGCGACCCAUGGAGUUACCUAAUGGGAGGGGAACCUCGCCCUCCUCCUCCGGCAUACGACCCGAUCCCGAUAUACGAGCAGCAGCCUAUUGCGGGACCCUCAACCGCCACCCCGGGUCCGUCUGUGGUUGUUCCCGAGCCUCCACCGCCAAGGCCAAGAACGCCGGCAGCCCAGAGAACCAUCACGCGCAACGACUACCGCCCGGUCACGGAAUUCCAGACGCCGCCCGAGCUCGAAGACGUCGACCUGCUUGUGAAGUUCUACAACGACCACCUCCGCGACCCACCUCGGAGAGUCGAUCCUUACGCGAAGCUAUGGUCAAAGAACACUCCCGAACCGAGUAUACAGAAUCCGACACCCCCUAGAGUAGGGCGCCACGUCAGGUUUAAGUUAACCCCGGUCCCUCCCGGGGGGAUUCCUUCUGCGAUUUGGAAUCCCCCUCCUCCUCUCGGAUAUCCUCCCGAUCUUUCUCCCAAUACAGAGCGGGAACGUGAAGAUAAUUUGAAGGAACCACCAGCAGUAUUACCUUCUGACCAGUUCAAUGAAGGUGACAUAUAUGAAGGUGAGGCUUGA